UUCGUUCGACGUCGUCGUCCCCAUCAACAUCGCUGGCUGAUGGUUGAGGUGAUUUUUUUCGGUCCAAAAAAUGUACAAGAACGACAAACAAGCGGUUGAAAGUGUGUAAAACUAUUCUGCAUUUAGAGGAAAAUUCUAUGCAAUCCAAGCUAUCGCGGUUUUGGUUUCUACAUUGGAUUAUGAUGGCGUUUUGACGGCCGUGAAAGUGCGUUCGUGUACCAGGUUCCGAUCCGGAUAAAUAAUUUCGCUGGUGGAAUUUCUGAGGUGUGGAAUAAUAACAGGAGGCUGUGCCCCACUGUCAGGAAGGGUGUUUUUACAUGUGUGACAAACAGAAGUGUAGGAGUUCCGGAUACGACGAUGAAAAGUUUUGGUGAAAAAUCUAGGUGCGUUACAGCAAAGUGAAGAUACCAGUUGAAAAUAGGAAGAAAAGGGUAAUCAAAAAAUGGUGCUUCGGUAGUGUUAGUUUAUUGAGAGAGAUAAAUUUUGCUUCGGGCAGAUCGAGAAGCUAUAAGAAUGUGUGAAUGUUUAAGAACAACAACCAGUGAUCACAAAAGCUUCAAUGGAUUUUAUGAAGAGAUCAUACACCGAUACUUCCAAUAGCUGAAUUAAGAUAAAUACUUACCGCAAAUCAUCAGUUGCGCUUUUCCGGAACACACACGUCGGGCAGACGUUGAACGAGUCAAGAAGCAUUCUCAAAAGAAACCGCAAACGUUCCGUCCAAUCCAUCAUAUCGGACGAGCAGUGUGUGUGUUCUUCCACAUUGGAACCACUAUUCGACGAUAAUCAAAUUGCUUCAAAAAGAAGCUAUAAUUGCCUGCUAACGAAUUCACACGUCUUCCGUACGUUGUUUCUGAGCUGUUAUAUGAGGUGCCAAGCGAAACCGCAAGUUUUUCCUCGAUGAGUCAGUAUUCUUCACACAAAUUUGAUGACGUUACGUGCAGCGGACCUAGACCACCAGUACCCGGAGAGGAGAGUCGGCGCAAGGGUGGCGCUAACGAAUGGUCAAAGUUAGAAUCCCACACAGCCCGGCCCGGGUCGUCUUCGUUUCAGAUGACGGACAGCCUGCAUCGAGACAAACCACGCGAUUCUCCGCCGGCCUUUUAUCGGUGGGCGGAGAAGCUUACCAACCUGCUCGAAGAUGCCGAUGGAGCUGAGCUGUUUAAGCGCUUCGUCGAACUUGAAGGCGGAGAGGAUUCAAACAGUCUCAAGUUUUACUUUGCAUGUGAGGGUCUCAAACAACUCAGUGAUCCCGAAAAGGUAACGCAAACCAUUGGUGCAAUAUAUCGACGGUUCCUGAAACGGGUGCCUCGGCAAUCGAAGCUUCACUGUAACGAACAAAUUCGAAACAUGAUAAAGGCCGGACUGAAAAAUGAGAUGAUCCUCACCUCAGACAUAUUCGAUCAAAUGCAAGCAGAUGUAGCCGCAGCCAUAAGCACUACGUCCUACCGGAACUUUCUUCAGUCGGACCUGUACCUACAGUAUGUUCAAAAUAUGCAAUUUGGCAGCGGAGGUGCCAGCUGUAUCAGUCUUCCAACCGGUAUUUCAGUAGCCGGACCCAGUUCCGUUGCGCUAACCGGUACGCUGUCCUCCUUGACCAGCAGUAGUUCCACCUCGGAGCUUUUGUCCCAUAGUUCCUCCGCCUUGCCAACCCUGCACGAAGAUUCCGAACUAGUCAAUGCCGAUUCGAUAGAACAGUUAUACGGUGCGACAGGACCCGUUGUAGCGGCCAGUAACAUUUCGUUUACCUCCGGAGUGAGCGGUAGUGGCAGUAGUAGUGGUAGUAAUAUACCGUCCAGCAGCAAACUGGCGAUGACCCUGACGAAGGACGCACUGCUAGCGACGCAGAAGCGAAGGCUCGAGAUGAGACCACCAGGACCGCCCGGACAAUCAGUUUACACCAACUAUGCAUCGUACAAUCCGGUCUCGCGUCGUGACUCGGAACUGGCCAGUCUCAGCUCGGGCCGGACCAAUUCCGAUAAGGUGUCCUUGCCGACGAGCACGUCCGCUGACGGUCGGCCUCAAUCGCAGAGUAAACACCACUAUCGCCAACAAUCGUCGAACGAGCGAAGACUGAUGAACGAGAAUGCUAUUGUGAACGUGGAACCUGACACAUUUGCUAUUAUCCCUCGAACUCAAAAACAUUUUCAGAAACCGUUACCUCAGGACCAAUUUGCAGCUGUUCUGAUCAGCAGGCUGCAGGAGGUGCAGAACCAACAGCUUUUCAAUAAAAAAAUACAAGAGGAUAAGCAGUCCGACAAAUCGCAAAGCAAUAAAUCCUUCGCCGAUGCCAUCCGACAGAAGCUACAGGUGGAGGAUGAUAGCGACCAGGACAUCCUCGAUAAGCACGUAAUGAGGGUAUGGUCAGACCAGACGCCCAACCGGUCACCCGGCUCGAUGUCGCCUUGUCCGAACAUAAGCCGAGCGCGACGUCACGAGUUGGUCGGUUUCGGUGGUGGUUCAAUGAGCGCACAAUCGUCGAUGCGGCACUCGAAGUCUAUGCCCGAGGGACACCCAAUGGGUAUGAUGGGACCCCCGGCACAACCUCGGAAACUUAACACCAAGUGGCCUUCGAUGAACACCGACAGUGGAAUCAGCUUACUCUCAACGGACACGCUCACCAAGUCCAUUCAUGCGGAUAUGCAAAGUGCUAGUACGAGUAGUUCACGGCCUUUGUCGCGAACAAUGCAUGCCGACAUGUCUCUUGCAAAUACUGCAACCCUGUUGCAAGAAACCAGCCGGCGUUUGGACGACGAACCUCGAAGAUCCAAACGGUAUCAGCUACCGCUGCCGCCGCCGCCGUUGCCACCACCUGCCACCUCAGCUACAUUAGUGCCACCGCCGAUACCUGCCAAACCAUCAAUCGCCCCGACCGAGUUCACCGUUGUCGUGUACUCGUUCUGCGACGAGGAUGUACCAUACCGGAUAAAGAUCCCUGGAUCGGUGCCGCCGACGCUCAAGCAAUUCAAGGAUAACCUUCCGAAGAAGGGCAACUAUCGAUUCUUCUUCAAAACCCGUUGCGACGAUCUGGACAGCCCGGUGAUUCAGGAGGAAAUCAAUAGCGACAGCGAAAUGUUGCCCCUAUUCGAGGGCAAAGUGAUGGGAACGGUAAAACCGUUAGAGUGAACCAGCCUUGCCGCUCCCGUUCGAUGUCGAUAGUCGUAAAUUGAUACCCGAAGUCUACCAUAGGUACUGGUUGCAAUUAUGAAGUGAACGCUCGUCUGGGGAAUAUUAGAUUCUCUUCUAAUAGGCUGUGUAUCAUAGAACAGAGAUAUGAUCACACACCUCCGCUUUUUGGAUCACCCCAAGUCGGCUAGAUUCGCUACCUGUUCGAUAAUUGGAUCAGUUUCCAAAGAAAACAGUUCCGAUAGCGUUUUCUAGCGGAGACGCGAUUUCGACGAAAAUAGAAACCACUUGUUGCACAUUUUUAGGAAUAAAAAUAAGGAAUGCAGUGGGACAUAAUCUAUUAACUUUUAAAACGAAACUGCCAUACCUUGUCGGCUCAAUUUGCAGCAUUAUAGAUUUUUGUGAGCAAUAUUUGACUUUCGGUCGGGUUCGUUUUUUUUUUUCGCAAUCGGCAUCAAUCUCUUAAGUUAUCAAUUAGGAACAAAAAAUCUUACGUUUUGGUGAAUCAAAAUAUCGUUCUUUUAUUUUAAAGCAGAUUUUUAUUUUGUUUCGGUUCAUAGUCUAUUUUUGGCAGUAGGACGUAACAUCGUAACUUCAAAAGUGCCUUUUACGAAACGUGUAAACAUUAAAAAAAUGUUUCGUCUGUCUCCGGGAAAUUAUGAGGGUGUUCAUAAUUUCAGCUUAAUAAAGCAAAACCAUUGUAAUUGUAAAUAAGUUAAAAUUAUCUCUCCACAAAUUGUUGCGACCCAUAAACCGGUCAUAGUAGUAAAAAUGACCUACUUCAUACUAUGGACAGAUUCAUGAUAAUGAUUACCAGUGCAAUUAUCUGGACAUGAGAUCCACCUUAUUUAAUGGUGAAUGCUUCAUGAGCCUGUUCUUAGUAUUUGAGCAAUUGCCAUAUGCGGUUAGAAAUACAAUAGUAAUAGCAAUAUGUAAAACACUGUCAGCGGCAACCGAAUAACAAAAAAAUCAAAGAGAAUUGAAGUCUUCGCAGUAUUUUUUCUGUAAUUUAGUUAUGGUAGAUCUUGUUUUAAUAGAUAUGCUAGAAAACGGAUGAGAAAUGUUUCAGUGUUGUUUUCUCCAAAUAGAGUAAACAUUUUAUUUAUUGAACAAAUUAUUUCUUCCCAAGUUAGAUAAAACUAUGUCUUAGGGUGGUGAAAAGUCGACAAUGCUUUGUAUAAUUUCUGUACAGUCAAUAAACUUGCCGGCUUAGAGCAGGAUAUGUUUUAUUUUUGAAGCUUCCAAUUUUAUAUUUGUUUUCCUUAUAAUUUUCAACUCGACUAAUCUAAAAUGACUAUAUUGAAAUGCCUGUUUAACUGAGAUAUGCGGACUUAGUCCUCUUCCAUUUGAUUCUUAUCUAUUUUUAUAUAACGCCCUAUGCCCACGUAGCUCCUUUCCUACGCAGAUGUGCAUCAGCGCUGCGUUACCUCGUUUUCCCGAUACCUUCGCCGCGUUCAAAAAACGUUACGUGGUCAUAUAGAGCCAAAAAUUCUUAAUAUCUUUUUAGAUAACCUGCAACUCCAUUACUUGAAAUUUAUCUUUUAUAGCCAGAAAAUUGCUUAAAAAUCUAUCUCAAAUCCAGAAAUAUGGCUGUUUAAAAAUUUUCGAAUGAUCUGGCUUGCAGAUUAAUAUUUAUUUUAGGGGCAAGCCAGAGUAAACGCGACGAGCGAUGCGACGCGACUCACGUAAAAGAAUAACAAUCAUUAUCAGCAAGCUGUCAAAUUGCACUGUCGCGUCGCGUCGCAUCGCACGUCGCGUUUACUCUGGCUUGCCCCUUAUACUAACGACACACUGGUGGUAUACGUUGUACCAUAGGUGUGUCCCCUUGUACCAUGCUGGUACAACGUGCGGAAAACCAUGGUACAAUAAGUACUAGGGUACAUAACCGUGGUAUACCACGGUCCUUGUACCACAAGUGUGUCUUUAAUAUUACAGGCAUCGAAUUGUUUUUGGUGGAUAUCUAGGUUUUAUUUGCAAAUUACAUAACGUCAAAAUGAACAAUUAACAACCCCCAUCUACCAACUCGUAACGUUUUGUAUGAAAGAUAUGGUCCACUACGCAUUGACAGACUCCCCCACCCUUGCACACCGUGAAUUUUUAUGUAAUUUGUGAAUAGGCAUUUAUUUAAAAGCUAUUGAAAUAAAAACAAUUGUAAACGAUGAUUUGCCACAUGCGUUAUCUGCCGACUCAUCAUAUCGCGUAGUCCUAUUUACCCUGGACGCAUUGGCCGAGUCCGCAUCUCUAAGCUUUUUUUUGUAAAAUACAGGACCUCAAAAGCUGCAUACAGGAUUUAAUUGCGACGAACCUUUUCAAUAUGUUUACAAAUUUGAAAGAUUUUUUUUUGUUCUUCAACCUUAACAACAAAAUGUCGAAAAAUAUUCGAAAAUAAAUAAAACAUAUAUUUAGAGAGCCACAUAUAGUGAAAGAAAAAGGAAAUUCAAAAUAAAUUAAUAAAAACAA